ACUAAACAGGAAGUGCCCGUAUCGUCACAACAUUGUCAUUGACAUUUAUUAUUAUGAAAAUGCUUUGUUUUUAAAUAUAGGCUUUAAUUCUGUUUGAAAAACACUUUCAGCUUUCAAUUAUAGACCAAGGAAAAAAGGUCAUCCAUAGAUAUGGAUGACAUUAGUGGUAUACCACCAAAUAAUUGUCAGAAGGUCUUUAUACAAAGAGAUUUCUCAGAGGGCACAUCAGUCAAAUUUCUUACUAAAUUUCCAGCAGAGCUUAAUGGAAAGUUGGAGACUGAAGUAUUUGUAAGAACUAUUACUCAGCUGAAUAGCAUGUUUGCUGAAGCAGAAACCUUAGGAGGGAGAAAUUAUUGUGAGAGCUGCUUAGCAUGUCUAACAGCGUAUACAAGUUACAUUUGUUUUGAUACACAUUAUGAAAAGAUGUUAAAGAAAAUUACUAAAUUCAUCGCAGAACAAAACCAAGAUUACUAUGUACCCAGAGGAAUGAUGUUGGUUGAUCCAGUAGAAAGAGGACUGAGAACUCUUGAGAUUUGUUUAUUGUCUGAAAACAAUGGAAGAUGAGGGAAAGAUGUCAGAACUAACUUUAUUGUCUUCUUUCUGUGAAUAGUUGUUUUCUUCAUAACAGCCAUCAUGUUAUCGAAUGAUAUACUUUGUGUAUUGAUUGUCAGUUUGUAAACAUAAUAUUUCUUUAAAUUUCAGUUAAAAUAUUUUUAGAUAUUAUAGUACUGCUGCUAAACAUCAACUCAGAAUCAGGUUUCCUGACAUUUUACAGUCUUUCAGUUUAUUAUUUUUUUCUCUGACCAAUUUUAGAGGAAAACCUAUUUCAUUCAAAACCUGUAUGUAUAUAAGGUGCAAUUGAUCUCAUGUUUAAAAAAAAUUAGAAUUCAAUUUCAAUUAAUUUGGUAAAUUCCAAGCAACUUCAUACAUGUAUAUGUGAAAGUAUGUGUAAUGCUGAUAUCAACAUACAGCUUAUGUUAUUCAACUGAUCAAUUCAGAAAUUGUGUUGCAUUAUGGGAACAUGUUUCUGAAGUAACUGAUUGGUCUAGGUGUUAUUUAGGAUGGAGUUAACAUAUUUAAUGAGGAUUGAGGUUGAAUUUCAUAUUUCAUACAUUUUUAACAUAGUGCAACAUGUAUAUACAGAAAGAGAUCACAUUGGACAUUCUUAUAUGAUCAUUUGUGUCUAUCAUUAAAGUAUUAUGUCAUUCGAGUAAGUAGGAUGGUCAUGCUCUCCAAUAAACUUAUUAAAAAUAAUAAGUUGUAUUAAUAGCAUAACAAUCAUAUUUUGUUAUCCUUUUUGUGUAUCAUUAUUGACAUUAUUUUAGUGAUUACUAUCCUGUUGUAACUUGUAGAAAUCUAAAAUGGAUUUACAUUAGAUCAAAAUUUUCCAUCACUAAUAAUUUCAUGUCAUGUUUUUUUUCAAUGAUAUACAAUGUAUCACAGACAUUUCAUUAUGUUGUUGUAUCUAUUUUCAAAGAUACUUUAUAUGAUAAAAAUCAUAUAGACUUGCUAAAUUUUUUGGAUGAAAUUCUAGUUUUUGGAAAGUAUUUCUAGAAAUACUAGACGUAUAUAAUACUAGAUAUGAAUUCAGACUUUAAUCAUCUUUCGCGAUUGAAAAAAAGGUUGACAUGUGACAUAUAUCAAAAUCAUGUUUACAUAGGUCGUCAAUCAUACAUACUUAUUAUAUGUUUUAUUGUAAAAUAUUUUAUUUAGUUAGUUGUGACAUUUUGAGACAUAAUUUGACUGUGAUAUAAGCUUGACUUGGUGUUUUUUCAAUGAUGGAAAACAGGGAAAUGCCAUGCCACUUUAGUUUUUUUUUAACAUUGUUGUGUAUGUUUUAUUCUUCCAAAUACAGGUGCAUUCAUGUUGUAUUUCAUACAGUCAUAUUCUCAGCUGUAAUUUGGAUUUUGAUUACAGUCUGGUUCACAAAAAAGCCGAAGUUUAAGAAGAUAUGCCCUCUGGUCAGCCAAUUCCUCUCAUUAUUCCCAUAAUUAACUCGCCUGCGACGAAAAUCUGGAAAGCAAGACAUAGGGAUUGCUUUUCCAGCGACUGCUCAACAAUUGUUAUGUUUUCUGCUUAAGUUAGUUUGAUAACACUACUUGUGAUAGAUCAAUGAUAUUUUGUAUGAAAUUGAUUUACUAUCAGUACAUAUAAGUUUGACGACUAUUUCAAGGCCCUGCCCCCUAGGUCAUGGUCCAUUGACUUUCAAUCAAUUAACAAUUUUCAAUGUUAAUAUUUCUGAUUAAGGUAGUUUGAUAGGAACUACUUACAAUAGACAAUAUUUUCUAUAAAGUUACAUUGCAGUCUGUACAUCUCAGUUUGUCAACCAUUUCCAGGCCCUACCCACUAGUUGGUCCAGCAGCUUUAAAUUAAUUAGCAAUGUUGCUGUCCAUCAGAUUGUCUUUUUCUGAAUUUUAUGCCGACAGGCGAGACAUACCUCUGUGUCAACAGUUUAUUGAGGAGUUUAUUCUAUUGGUAAUGAAAAAUUACAUCUUGCAUCAAGUGAUGACUUCAUCACAAUAGCCUGAGGUGUGAUGAGUUGUUGGUUUUUAAAUUUUUCUACAAAAUCCUUUUAUAGAUAAAAAUAUUUUUUAAGGCUUUUUAAGUUUAAAUUAAGACAUAUAGACACUGUGAUCAUGUAAGUUAUCUUUUAGAAGGACCCGAGGGGUAUUUAAAUCACACUUUUAUAUGAUACAUAUGAUUUCUAGUUUUCAUCUAAUUUCAAUGUGAUUUUUGUCUAUAGUUUCCUCAUUAUUAAAGCUGUCAAGAAUGUUGCAACAGACUUCUCAUAAUUCUUACAGUCUAGAAAGUGUAUGGGCUAUAAGCCAAACACAAUGUCCACAGUUUUUUCUAACAAACACUUGAAGUGUGUUGUCAUUUUAUGGUUGUAUCAUUAUUUUGAUGCAAUUUUUCUUGAAAUACUGAAAAUCCCUAACUAGAAUUUCAAAUAAAUUUAUGUAGCAUAACUAAAUUUUAUGAGGUCUUAUGUCCAAAAUCCUAGCUUAAUUUUUAUAAGACAACAAAAUUAUUUGUUCAUAUUAUGAAAUGAAUGUGUUUUCCAUCAUUGUUAUUUUCAAUGUACAUUUGCCAAUUUAUUUUGUUUAGCUCUUCAGACAUAUGGGAUUGAGAGAAGCUCUCAUUGAACUUAAUACACCUAGAUUAUUCCUUAAUUGUUAGAUAUUGUAGUAUUGAGUAAAUCUGAUUUAUAUUUGUUGUAACAUCACAUAACUCCUUCCAUUAUUUACACAGUACAUUUUUCUCAUUUAUUGAAUUCAGGAUUCACUUGUGAAAGCAAUGGUAUAUUUUUUUUUGGUAUGUUGUGAACUUAUAUGACUUGAUUAUAAGUGUUAGAACCUGUAUAAAGUAAAAUAUUAUGAUUAGAUUAUUGAUUUUUCUUUUUGUUUUACUACAUGUAUCUUCAAACCAUAAAAAUGCAUCCUUAAAAUGUAACACUUUGUAUCUUUUUGUUAAAAUUUAAACUAAUUCUUUAGAAAUAUGCAGAAUGUGUAUUCUUUUUUUUUUUAAAUUUGAAAAAUGUUGGAAAUGAAAAUAAAGAUUACAUACAAAAAAGAAAGAUUUGUCUUUGUGAGGAACCUGUGAUUGUAAGAAGAUACAAUGAAAGCCAUACACCACAACAAAUGACUGUGUUCUUCAGGCUUGCUCUCUUCUAAAAUUAAUUUAAAAUUAAGGGGGAAAAAAAUUCUAAUCCACUUUAAAAUUUCUCUUUUUGUUUAAUUAAAAAAAAGAAUGAAAAGCCAAUUACAUAACACAAUUCUACAAAUGAUACGAGUCUAUAGUAUUGUUUUGAUAGAAAUUGGCUCACAAUAUAAGAUAUCAGAAGAGAAUAUCUAAUUAUAGUUCAUCAUUUAUCAUUCAUGUUUGGAAUAAAAGGUUUGAGUCUUUUAAUUAUUUUUUAGACUUUAUAUAUGUUAACAUUGUAUUUCAAAAAUCAAGUGGUUAAUUAUUUUAUAUAACAUUGCCUGAUUUCACUUAUAAAAUACUUGAUAAUCAUAUGAGGUUUUUUAUAACACUAGGCAGAAUGCAAAGAAGAAAUGAAUUAAAAGACUAUGUGUUUAAAUUUAUCUUAAUGCCAGUUUUUUCCCUGUUUUCUUUUUUUUUUAUUAUGACAAAACAAUUUAAUAUGCAGUAUCAAAACAUUUUUAAGCAACUACAACCAAUAGUUCAUUUUAUUUGCAAGCAUUUGAAUUGUAAAAGUAAUUUUUAUGCCCCCGCCGUAGCGGUGGGGGCAUUAAGUUUUACCCUUGUCCGUCUGUACAUACGUACGUACGUCCGUCCGUCCGUACGUCCCAAAAUUGGUUUCCGUUCUCUAACUUGAGUUUGCCUCAACCAAAUGUUAUGAAACUUAUACACAAUGCUUAUUUUCACAAAACACAGAUCAAGUUUGAAUUUGGGGGCGUCACUUUAACCGUUCUAGAGUUAUGCCCCUUUAUAAAUGGAAAAAUUGCAAAAUUUUUAGUUUCCGUUCUCUAAAUUAAGUUUGCCUCAACCAAAUGUUAUGAAACUUAUACACAAGGCUUAUUACCUACAAAACACAGAUCAAGUAUGAAUUUUAGUGGCGUCACUUUAACCGUUCUAGAGUUAUGCCCCUUUAUAAAUGGAAAAAUUGCAAAAUUUUUAGUUUCCGUCCUCUAACUUAAGUUUGCCUCAACCAAAUGUUAUGAAACUUAUUCACAAGGCUUAUUACCACAAAACACAGAUCAAGUAUGAAUUUUGGUGGCGUCACUUUAACCGUUCUAGAGUUAUGCUCCUUUAUAAAUGGAAAAAUUGCAAAAUUUUUAGUUUCCGUUCUCUAACUUAAGUUUGCCUCAACCAAAUGUUAUGAAACUUAUUCACAAUGCUUAUUACCACAAAACACAGUUCUAGUUUGAAUUUUGGUGGCGUCACUUUAACCGUUCUAGAGUUAUGCCCCUUUAUAAAUGGAAAAAAUUGCAAAAUUUUUAUUUUCUUCUAAAUAUCAAGUUAUUUUUAAAAUUGGAGUUAUCUUCCUUUGUCCAUGAUUAUAGUUGAAUCAACUACAAUGAAUGCUUUAUACAAUGCAAUGUUUAAUUUUGACUUCCACUGAUAAAACACAGAUCAAGUUGAAUUUGGGUAGUGUCACUUUAACCAUUAUUGAGUUAUGCCCCUUUAUAAAUAGAAAAAUUGCUGAAUUUUUAGUUUCUGUUCUCUACUUAAGUUAGCCUCAACCAAAUGUUAUGAGACUUACACACAAAACUCAGAUCAAGUUUAAAUUUGGAUAGCGUCACUUUUACUGUUCUUCAGUUAUGUCCUUUUAUAACUAUAUGAUAUGCAAGCGGGGGCAUCAUCUGUGUCCACAUGUGGACACUAUCCAGAUUUAUUUCUGCCUAUACAUAACCUCGGAAUCACAGGCAUUUAUAUGAUUGUUUUUGCUUCAGUAUCUUCAGUAUCAGCAUUGUAAUAUGUAAUCAGUGCAAUUUUGUUUGAUAUCAUCAUUAAAGUCUGUUAAAACAA